GGCGUGAUGGCGGAGAAGGCGCUGGAGGCCGUAGGCUGUGGACUUGGGCCGGGGGCUGUGGCCAUGGCUGUGGCGCUGGAGGACGGGGCAGAGCCCCCUGUGCUGACAACGCACCUGAAGAAAGUGGAGAAUCACAUCACCGAAGCCCAGCGCUUCUCCCACCUGCCCAAGCGAUCGGCUGUGGACAUCGAGUUCGUGGAGCUGUCCUAUUCCGUGCGGGAGGGGCCUUGCUGGCGCAAACGGGGUUAUAAGACUCUCCUCAAGUGCUUAUCAGGUAAAUUCUGCCGCCGGGAGCUGAUUGGCAUCAUGGGCCCCUCAGGUGCUGGCAAGUCCACCUUCAUGAACAUCUUGGCAGGAUAUAGGGAGUCUGGCAUGAAGGGGCAGAUCCUGGUCAAUGGGAAGCCACGGGAGCUGAGGACCUUCCGCAAGAUGUCUUGUUACAUCAUGCAGGAUGACAUGCUACUGCCACACCUCACAGUGCUGGAAGCCAUGAUGGUCUCUGCUAACCUGAAGCUGAGUGAGAAGCAAGAAGUGAAGAAGGAGCUGGUGACAGAGAUCCUGACGGCACUGGGCCUGAUGUCCUGCUCCCACACGAGGACAGCCCUGCUCUCUGGCGGGCAGAGGAAGCGCUUGGCCAUCGCUCUGGAGCUUGUCAACAACCCACCUGUCAUGUUCUUUGAUGAGCCCACCAGUGGUCUGGAUAGUGCCUCCUGUUUCCAAGUGGUGUCCCUCAUGAAGUCCCUGGCCCAGGGAGGCCGGACCAUCAUCUGUACGAUCCACCAGCCCAGUGCCAAGCUCUUUGAGAUGUUUGACAAGCUCUACAUUCUGAGCCAAGGUCAGUGCAUCUUCAAAGGCAUGGUCACCAACCUGAUCCCCUAUCUGAAGGGGCAGGGUUUGCACUGCCCCACCUACCACAACCCAGCUGACUUUAUCAUUGAGGUGGCGUCUGGCGAGUAUGGAGACCUGAACCCCAUGUUGUUCAGGGCUGUGCAGAAUGGGCUCUGUGCCAUGGCUGAGAAGAAGAGCAGCCCAGAGAAGAAUGAGGUCCCCACCACCUGCCCCCCUUGCUCUCAGGAAGUGGAUUCCAUUGAAAGCCACACCUUUGCCACCAGCACUCUCACACAGUUCUGCAUCCUCUUCAAGAGGACCUUCUUGUCCAUCCUCAGGGACACGGUCUUGACCCACCUACGGUUCAUGUCCCACGUGGUGAUCGGUGUGCUCAUUGGCCUCCUCUACCUACACAUCGGUGACGAUGCCAGCAAGGUCUUCAACAACACUGGCUGCCUCUUCUUCUCCAUGUUGUUCCUCAUGUUUGCCGCCCUCAUGCCAACUGUGCUCACCUUCCCCUUAGAGAUGGCGGUCUUUAUGAGGGAACACCUCAAUUACUGGUACAGCCUCAAAGCAUAUUACCUGGCCAAGACCAUGGCCGAUGUCCCCUUUCAGGUGGUGUGUCCAGUGGUGUACUGCAGCAUCGUCUACUGGAUGACGGGCCAGCCAGCCGAGACCAGCCGCUUCCUGCUCUUCUCAGCUCUUGCCACAGCGACCGCCUUGGUGGCCCAGUCUCUAGGGCUGCUUAUAGGAGCUGCCUCCAAUUCCUUGCAGGUGGCCACCUUUGUAGGUCCAGUUACCGCCAUCCCUGUCCUCCUCUUCUCUGGCUUCUUUGUCACCUUCAAGACCAUCCCCACAUACCUGCAGUGGAGCUCCUACCUCUCCUAUGUCAGGUAUGGCUUUGAGGGUGUGAUCCUGACGAUAUAUGGCAUGGAGCGAGGACACCUGACAUGCUCAGAGGAGCGCUGCCCCUUCCGGGAGCCACAGAGCAUCCUCCGAGCGCUAGAUGUGGAGGAUGCCAAGCUCUAUAUGGACUUUGUGGUCUUGGGCAUUUUCUUCCUGGCACUCCGGCUGCUGGCAUACCUCGUGCUCCGUUACCGGGUCAAGUCAGAGAGAUAGAGCCUUGCGCCUGACCUGCGCCCCAGUCCCCGCAGCAGGAAGCCUCCAGUCCCAGCCCUUUGGGACUGUUUUAACCAUGUAGACUUGGGCACUGGUUGCUGGAGCAGCCACCCUCCCCUCCCUCGGCUCCUCUCCAGACUGGCCAGUGGACAGCACUCCCAGCCUUGGCCUUGGGGGUGAGGGCGCCAGCCUUCCUUGCCACACCCAGGGUUGAUGCAGUCUGUAGCUUCCUCCCUCUUCUCUCCAGCACCUGCAUGCUGAGACCACUAGGAGGCUGCCCAUUCUUUCUGUCCCUUGGCACCCUCCUCUGUUGUCUGACCAGGAGCACCAGGCUUUCCACACCUAACUUACAACUGACCAAAGUGGUCCCCUCUGGGGGACCCCACCACACAAGUGUUUGUAAACUGAGCUGCUACAAGGUUGGUGUUCCAGGGCUGGGCCCUGGUAUGAGGUCUCCUGGAUGUUCCAUAUAGACAUUGGAAUGGAGCAGAGAAGCACUCUGGACGUGUCUUCCUGCUUCCACCUGGUUCCCAUCCCCAGACCUUGGCUUAUUUGGACAAUCUACUGGGACAGAAGCUGGGUUUUCUGUCUUGGUUCCCCCUCCCAGUUCUGAGGUUCAGGCAGGCCUGGGGCCACAAGAGGCCCCUGUAGCUCCUCCUCACCUUCAGUAGGAGGUAGGGCCUAGUGGCACUUCUGCAAUAACGUCUGUAUUCUUUCCCACCUGCCACUGGAACUAGUGAAUGCACUUUAUUCUGACAGGAGGAGGUGGGGGAGACCCAGGCCUCCUUUCUCGUUGCUUCUAAAGUAUUGUCUCAAAAUGCUCCCUCAAUCUGCAGAGUUACAGGCACAUAUUUGCGAACAGGCAAUCCCAGCCAUACAUACAAUCACCAUCCCCUGCAGCUCAAAGGAGUGGUGGUGCAAGGUGGUGGGCGUGCCAGUUGAAGGCAGUGCCACGAUCUUUCUGGUGGGGCCCACUUUGGAGACGUCUAAGGAUAAAGCUGGUGCUGUUCAAGGUGUCUCAAGGAUCUGCAGGUGUCUACUCCCCAGUCUUCCCUCCCUCCCAAGCCAGGGAUGGCACAGGGCACUAACUCCCUGGAGUUUAGGACCCACACAAGCACAGGCCUGGGCAGAAGCUAGCCUAGGCCACCGCCACCCUGUGGCCCUCUGGCAUGUCAGGCUGGCAUUCUCACCCUCUCCUUCCCCAGCCUCUCUGCUGCUCAUUCAAAGCCCCCUCCAUGCUGCCUCACCCCCUCAGCCACGGUGGCCCCAGGGCAUCACAGGGACAAGCCCUAGGUGGCAGGGUGGCAGACACACUUAGAGCCUAUCUGUCUUCCCUGGUGGGGUUCAGGCUCAUUCUACUUCCCAUCUCCCCUUCCCCACAGCACUUUCUCCCUUUGUUCCUAUUCACAUACCCUCACCUCCCCUCACCCUGCCACGGAUUCUUCCCUUACACAGAGAUGCCAGUUGUAUUUGUGGGAUUUCACCCAUUAUUAAUAAAACCUAUAUUUAUACAGUAUGCAGUGU